AUGGUUGUCUCCUCUAUGCAGCAUCACACCCACCACCAACAGCAGGGUCCUGUUCCCCCUCAUCUGCAACACUCUCGACCCUCGAGCGUGGUUCAUCAGCAGCAUCACAGCCAGACCUCGGCGGCGCAACAGCAGCAGCAGCAGCAACAGCAACAACAACAACCACAACAACCCCAGCACUCAGGCGCGUACACAUACCCGCAACAAACACAGGGGAGCAAUUCACAAGAUCACGGGCUUCCGAACUACUACGCGCACCCGAGCCCUUACAGCACGCCGGGUGCAACGAGCGGAUACACGGCCGCAGACACCGGAGACAUGAUGGCCGCAACCAUGCAGCAGAGGCCGUACCCGCCGAUUUCGUACCACACACCCCAGUCGAACUCGCCGGCUUCGGUGGCGUCGCCCUCGGGCCACGACCAGCAGAGGAGCAUGUACGCGCAGCCUCCCUCGCAACUACACCAGCAAUCGAUGUACUAUGGCGGCCCCCAGCAGCAGUACUCGUCAAUGCCGGCCCAGGCUGCGCAAUCGCCGUACGCGCAACAUGCCCAACAACCGCAUCAGUCGAUGGGAUCGCAGCCGGGCAUGAUGAUGUCGCACACACCCCCCCAGCAUCCCAUCAGCCAGCACCCUGCGCAGCACGCACAGCCGGGAAUGACGGUCAGCCCGCGCCCGGAUAAGAUCGAUACGCACAGCCUCAACCACCGGAUAUCAGCAACUUCGGCGCCCGUUGCUAUGAACAGCGCGUCGACAACUAGCCCCCAAAACGGUGCGCCGCUGACAACUCCCACCACCGCUGCUGGUGUGAACCCCAAUGCUGCUCCGGGCCCAAUCCCCGCGACCACGCCGCUGGUGGUCAGGCAAGAUACGAAUGGCGUCCAAUGGAUUGCUUUCGAGUAUUCCCGCGACCGGGUCAAGAUGGAGUACACCAUCCGCUGCGACGUCGAGUCGGUGAAUCAGGACGAGCUCACGGCCGAGUUCAAGACGGAGAACUGCGUCUACCCGCGCGCGUGCUGCCCCAAGGACCAGUACCGCGGGAACCGGCUUCAGUACGAGACCGAAUGCAACUCGGUGGGCUGGGCUCUGGCUCAGCUGAACCCGCCACUUCGCGGCAAGAGGGGCUUGAUCCAGCGGGCUGUGGACAGCUGGCGGAACAGCAACCAGGACCCUCGUCUUAGGAGCCGUCGUGUUCGCCGUAUGGCCAAGAUGAACUAUCGCAACAACAAGACGGGAUCGACCACGCCCCACGCUACUCACAUGCCCGCUGGUCCCGGCGGCCCCGGCUCCUCGGGCAUGACCACGCCAACGGGCAUGGGCCCGGGAGGCAACCCGGCCAUGGGCAAGCCGGUUCUCGCCAACAUGGCGUCGCAGAUGCACCACCAUCACGGCGGCCAACAGGACGGAAGCGCUCAGGGAGGAGACGAAGUCGGCGAAGGAGAAUAUGCGGAUGACCAGGCCCACCACCACCACCAUCAUCAACCCCCCACGGGCCAGCCGGGCGCUGAGGAGCGGCCCACCCAAGCCUUCACCGGCUACGGUUCCUACAGCGGCGCCCCCCAGGGCUCGUCGUCGAUGCCCUCCCUCCACGACACCCUGAGUGGCUCCCCGGCCCAUGGCAGCGGCUCCCUAGCCGCCGCCCGCCAGUCGAGCCUCGCGCGAGGCAUCGUGGACGGGCCUGAUGACCUCUUCCCGGACAUCCCCGAAACCAAGAAGCGCAAGUUCAUCCUCGUCGAGGACAACGACCGCCAGAGCCGUUUGCGCGUGCGCGUCACCCUGGACAACGUCAACACGCGCGAGAUCCCGGACAGUUUCCGCCGCAACAACAGCGUCUACCUGCGCUCCUUCUUCCCGCGCGAGAUGCAGAGCCCCCCGCCUAGUGCGACAGGUAGCCGCUUCUUUGCUGAGGACGCGAGCGAGGCCGAGGACGAUGGCGCCACCGAGACGGAGGGCCGCCGGGCCGGGCGUGGCGGGAACGUGUCCCUGUCAGCUAAGCGCUCGAGGGCCAUGGUCAAGGUCACUGUGGCGGAGGGUCAGGAAGUCGAGCUUGCUAUCCCCCGGAUGCGCCGGUCGUUCCGGGGCAAGGAGGUGCGGCUGAACGACCUGGGCUAUCGCAUGGCGUGGCUACAGAGCCGUGUCUUUUCGGGACGGACCGUGUUUUUGCAACGAGCUUCCGCAGUGGACUGUUAUCGCAACAAGACGCGCAGCGCCAUCGAGGGCCAGCUGCAGGACGUUAAGACGGCGGCGCCGCACUACGAGACGCGUGUUGGGAAGCGCAAGUUCAAUGACCGGCUGCGCAGGGAGGAGGACUAA